AUGAUGAUGAGUCUGAAGAUGAUGAAAAUGAUUAACCUAUUUAAUCAAAUAAAAAUUUUUAAGCCUAAAGAAACAAAUAUUAAUUCGCAAGUAAUAUAGCCAAUUUAAGAUUAAUAAAAUGAUUCUCCCAGAAUUUAAUUAGAAUAGGAUCCAAUUAUGAUUUAAAUUUAGCAAUAAAUAGAAGCUUAGGCUAAGAAAUAAAGUAACUAAAGCUAAAACAAAUAAAAUUUAGAAAGCCCAAGUUAACCUUCGAUAGAAAAUGAAGCAAAUAGAGAGCUAGUUGAAAACUAAAAUGAAUUUGAAGAGGAAAUGAUUUUAGAAAAAGAUACUUCCAAAUUUAACAAAUAGAAAAAUAAUUAUGUUGAGGAUUACUUAAAUGAAAAUUCUGAUAGUGAGGAUAAUAUGUAUGGUGAAGAAUUUUUUUAAAAUGAUGCAAAAGAAGAAGAAGAAGAAGUUGGUAAUUAAAUUUAAAAUGACUCUGAUGAUCUCAAAUUUGAUAAUAGUGAUGAAGAAGUAAAUAAUCUAAGAUAAAAUGGAAGUUUGAAUGGAAAUACUAAAUUUUAUUCUGAAAAAUUAUAAAAAUUAUAAAUGAUGAAUCAGCAAUAAAAUGAUGCAGCAGAUGACGAUGAUGUUUUUUUAAGUUUUAAUAAAUAAUAAAAUUUAAAUCAAGCUAAUAGCCAGAAAUCAAAUGGUAACUUAAAUACUAAUUAAAGUACCUUAAGUGCCAACAAUAACAGCACAAUUAAAAUAUAGACUCUUGAUACCUCAUAAUCAAGUAUGAAUAAAUCUAAUUUCACAAACAACAAAACAAUCAAUUAAUAGUAGUUAGUUGAAGAAGAAUAAGAAUAAGAAUCAGAUGAAAGUGAUCUAGAUUUGUAUAUGAAAUAGCUUGAAGAAGAAGAAAAUGCCGCUAAAGGAAUAUAGACAUCAUAAAAAAAUAGCUCUAGCUAAAAUAAUACUAAGCCAAAGCAAACUUACAUUACCAUGGAAGAUAUUUUCGGUAAAAAGAAAUUCAAAGAAGAUAUUGAAGAAGAAGAAAAUGAAGAAGGAUAGUCUAAUAAUGAAGAUUUUGGAAAUUAGGACAGCAAAAAUAAAGUUUAUUUUAACGGAGACUCUACUUUUAAUUAGCAAAAAAUUUAAGAAGAAGAGGAAGAGGGAGAUUAGGAUGAGGAUGAUGAGGAAUAAGAUAAAUUUUACUAAGCUUUCAAGGAAUAAUUGCUUAAAACAAAGCAAGAAAAGCUCAAAGAUAAUAAAGGAGCCUUAAUGAUGGAUGAAGAAUAAGAGAAAGAAGAGGAGAGAGAGGCCUUUUUUGAUCCAGAAAACGGUGAGAGCAAAGAAGACUACAUGGAAAGACUUAAAAAGGAAGCUUAAAAAAAGGAAUUAAAGCCUAUUGAUUAUAAUGAAGAUGAAUUAGAACAUUUCUAGAAGAAUUUUUAUAUUGAAAGCAAAGAAAUUUCUCAGAUGACUGAGGAUGAAGUAAAAAUUUAUAGAGAAAACUUAGGUGAGAUCCAAGUUAAAGGAUAAGAAGUUCCUCGUCCUAUAAAAUCAUGGCUUUAAUCUGGUUUAAGUGAUAGAAUAUUAGAAGUUCUAAUUGAAAAGAAAAAGUAUGAUAAACCUUUUCCUAUUUAAUGCUAAAGUCUACCUGUAAUUAUGAGUGGAAGAGAUAUGAUAGGUAUUGCAGAAACAGGUAGUGGUAAAACACUCGCCUAUUUACUUCCUAUGAUUCGUCACGUAUCUGCCCAAAGACCUCUAUAAGAAGGUGAUGGACCUAUAGGGUUAAUUCUUGUUCCAACAAGAGAGUUAGCUACUUAGAUAUAUCUUGAAGCUAAACCUUUCUUAAAAGCUUAUAAAUAUGAGAUAGUUGCUGUUUUUGGAGGAACUGGCAUUAAAGGAUAACUUUCUGAAUUAAAAAGAGGUUGUGAAAUCGUAGUUGCUACUCCUGGUAGACUUAUAGAUGUACUCACUACUUCAAAUGGCAAAAUAACUAACUUGAAAAGAAUAACAAUGGUAGUCAUUGAUGAGGCAGAUAGAAUGUUUGAUUUAGGUUUUGAACCUUAAAUUGCAAAGAUUCUAGCAACAACUCGUCCUGAUAAGUAAACUGUGCUAUUUUCUGCAACUUUCCCAAAAAAUGUAGAGAAUUUAGCCAAAAAAUUAAUGAGACACAAGCCAGUAGAAGUUGUUGUAGGUGCAAGAGGAUAGGCUUGCACAAAUAUUACUUAAUUAAUAGAAAUAAGAGAUGAAUCUACACGUUUGUUUAGAUUAUUAGAACUAUUAGGUAUUUAUACUGAAUAGGGUUAAGUUAUAAUUUUCGUUGAUAAAUAAAUCGAAGUUGAUUUUUUGUAUCAAGAAUUACGUUCUAGAUAUUACAUUCCUACAAUUUUGCAUGCAGGUGUUGAUGCUGAAGAUAGAGUGAAUAAUUUACUUGAUUUCAGAAAAGGAAUUUACAAAAUACUUAUAGCAACCUCUUUAAGUAGCAGAGGGUUGGAUGUAAAAAAUGUAGUUUUGGUAGUAAACUACAAAUGUCCUAACCAUAUAGAAGAUUACAUCCAUAGAAUUGGAAGAACUGGUAGAGCAGGAAAUAAGGGUACUGCUGUAACUUUCAUAGGUCCUGAGGAGGACAAAUAUAGCUUAGAUCUUAUUAAGGCUUUAAAGAGAAGUGACCAAAAAGUUCCUGAGGAGCUUUUGAGAAUGGGAGAGGAAUUUAAGAAAAAAGUGAAAAUGGGUGAGGCUAAGAUUUAUAAUAAUGCAAAUAUGUAAGGUAAAGGCUUUAAUUUUGAUGAAGAAGAAAGAGAUAAAAUGAAUUAGAUGAAGUAUGAAUAAAAGAAAUUCUUAGCACUCUAAAUGGGUCUCGAUAUAGAAGAAAGAGAUGACGAUUUUGUUUUUAAGAAAGCUUAAGAAGAAAGUGCAAAAGAUAAAAAGGAUAAGGAUGAAUUAACCUUCUAACAAAAGCUUCAUAUUGUAAAAACUCAAGAUGAGUAUAAAGAUAUUAGGGAAGAACUAUUUUCUAAAGCAAGUGAAAUUGCAAAUUAGAAAAAGCUUCUAGGAUGCGGCGAUGAUGAAAUUAAAAAGGCAAUAGAAGAUGUUUUCAAAAAAGGUUUAGAAAAUUUCAUACCAAGUACUAAGAAUAUAGAUUAAGGUAAGAUCAAAAUUGCAAAAAUGCUUUAAGAAUUCGAAAAGUCUAAUGAUAUUGCCAAUAAUAUUUGUUUUGAAGAGAUCGAAAUUAACGAUUACCCAGAAAAUGCAAGAAAAGCUGUAACUAAAAGAGAUUUCCAAGAUAGAAUCUAUCUCCAAACAGGCUGCCUUGUCGUUUAAAAGGGUAUUUAUGUUGAAAUAGGCAAGAAAGUUUAACCAGGUUUCUAGAAACUAUAUUUAAGAAUUGAAGGAGAUUCCGAAUACUAAGUACGUAUGGCUUAUAGGGAUAUCAAAGCAGAGUUAGAAGAAAAAUCUAUCAAAAUACACGAAAGAGGAGGUGCACAGCAAGGAAGAUUCACAAUCCCAUGA